UAUUGUGAAAACAGGAGAACCAAAGCAGGGAAUGGAAUGAUAGGGAGACCUCAUCAUAAGGGUACAACCUUAGGAUUCUUUCUGGCAAUCCUUCUGGUUGCUGCAAUCACAGUCCAAUGGAUGGAUAUGUCUAUUCUAUCAGGUUCAUUGCAAAAAAAGUCUAACACAAUAUUCCCUAAGAUAUCUUGUUCAACCGAAUGCCCACGGAGAGUCGGUUAUGUGCACAAGAAUGAACAUACAUCACAAACUGAGGAAUGCCCAGAUUACUUCCGGUGGAUCCAUGAAGACCUGAAGCCAUGGAAAGCUACAGGAAUCACAAGGGAGAUGGUUGAAAGAGCUAGAGAAGUAGCACACAUUAGAGUGAUUGUAGUGAAAGGUGUAUUGUAUGUGGAGAAGUAUAAACAGGCUUUCCAAACAAGGGACAUGGUCACACUAUGGGGGAUUUUGCAGCUUCUCGCAUUGUACCCGGGUAGAAUCCCGGAUUUGGAUAUGAUGUUUGAGUGUGGUGACAAGCCCGUUAUACAUAAACGGGCCCACGACACAACCAAACAGGGUUUUGCUCCUCCACCGGUGUUUCACUACUGUAGUGAUGAAUGGAGCUAUGACAUUGUGUUUCCUGACUGGUCCUUCUGGGGUUGGCCGGAGCUCAAAAUAAAGCCUUGGGAAAUCUUGAAGAAAGAGUUGCAAGAAAGCAAUGAUGCGAUGAAGUGGGAGGACAGAGAGCCCUACGCAUAUUGGAAGGGAAAUACGAAACUGGGCAUUGCAAGGCCAGAUCUUGUCAAAUGCAAUGUUUCUGCUAAGCAAGACUGGAAUGCCCGGAUCUAUGACGUGGUAACUAAUGAAAUAGUACUCUAAAGUUAUUGAACUGCAUAAGAAGAAGAAAAAAAUGUUUUGUGCAAUU